GGAGUGGAUGAGAGCCUAGUUGUUGUAUUGUUUGUUCAAAUUAGAAUAGUUGGAAGGUGGGAGAUAGUCUUCAAAAUUGGAAAAGAUCUCUUCCUCUGCAAGCCUGCAGCAUAUAAGCAAAUCGCCUAAACCCAAGUGAAGUAUAAUCUUAUUAUCACAAGGAAAUAAGUACUGUCAUGGAUUUUUCUUCCACUGCCUUUGCAUUAAGUUUCGUGUUAGUUUUAGCUAUAUAUCUCAUAAGACUCCAUGGCAGAAGAUUGCGUGAUAAGAAAAAGAGAUACCAUCCUGUUGCAGGAACUGUAGUACACCAACUGAUCAACUUCCCUCGGCUGCACGAUUACAUGACUGAGCUUGCUUGCAAAUACAAAACUUACAGGUUGCUCGACUUGUUCAAAGGUGCAAUUUACACGGUAGAACCUGCAAAUGUAGAAUACAUGCUCAAAACAAACUUCAAUAAUUAUGGAAAGGGGACAUACCUGUACGACAUUUUUUCAGAUGGACUGGGCGAUGGCAUCUUCGCAGUGGAUGGGGAGAAAUGGCGGCAUCAGAGGAAGGCAUCAAGCUCUGAGUUCUCAACAAAAGUACUGAGAGACUUCAGCAGUUCCGUCUUCAAAACCAAUGCAGUUAAACUCGCUCAACUAAUUUAUGAAGCUGCAACUAGAAACCAAGCAAUAGAGAUCCAAGAUUUGUUUACGAAAUCAACCUUAGAUUCAAUCAUCAAGAUUCUGCUUGGUAUCGAUCUAGACAGCUUGAGUGGAACACAUGAAGAAGGUAUCCAGUUUUCACAAGCUUAUUUGUUAGGAGAAUCAGCUGUCCUUUAUCGAUUUAUUGAUAUCUCCUGGAAGAUCAAACGGUUCUUAAACAUUGGUGCGGAAGCAGUGAUAAAGAAAAAUAUCAGAGUUGUAGAUCAUUUUCUGUACAAGCUAAUCAAUAGCAAAAUUGAAACUAUACACAACCCAGAAGACCCAUCUUCGAGGAAAAGAGACUUGGUUUCAAGAUUUUUGGAAUUGAAAGAGACUGAUCCAAAGUACUUGAGAGACAUGGUUCUCUGCAUUGCUAUUGCUGGACAAGAGACAACAGCUGGCACUCUUUCAUGGUUUUUUUAUAUGAUGUGCAAGCAUCUUCAUAUACAAGAAAAGAUUGCACAGGAAGUCAGAGAAGCUAUAAAUCUGAAAGACGUUUCAACUGUUGAUGAGCUUGCUACCAGCAUUAAUCAAGAAUCUCUUAACAAAAUGCAAUAUCUCCAUGCAGCUUUGACUGAAACACUCAGACUCUAUCCUUCAGUUCCAAUGAAUGCAAAGAUGUGUUUUUCUGAUGAUACCUGGCCAGAUGGAUUUAGUAUCAAAAAGGGGGACAUGGUGGUAUACCAACCUUAUGCGAUGGGAAGGAUGAAAUUUCUAUGGGGAGAUGAUGCAGAAGAGUUUAGGCCAGAAAGAUGGUUAGACGAAAAUGGCAUUUUCCAGGAUGAAAGCCCUUUCAAAUUCACAGCCUUCAGUGCGGGUCCAAGAAUUUGCCUAGGAAAGGAUCAUUCUUAUAUGCAAAUGAAGAUUCUUUCUGCUGUGCUAUUAGGCAGCUUCAUAUUCAAGCUAGCUGAUGAGGAAAAAGUUGUCACUUACAAGACCUCAGUCAGCUUCCCAAUUGAUGGAGGCCUCUUUGUGAAGGCCUACCCGAGAUCAGGGCAUGCAAGACCUUAA